AUGGGUUUACAAGUUCGAAAGAGUAUUUUGUCUCUCCUGAAUAGCUUCGUGAAAGGGACAAUAGGAAUUAAUCGGAGAGCAAGGCGGGCGUGUCGAAAGGCCGUCAAGUCUCAAGCUUUUUACUGGCUCAUUAUUGUCCUCGUCUUCCUUAACACUGCAGUCUUGGCUAGUGAGCACUACCGCCAACCUGACUGGCUAAGUCAGUUCCAAGAUUAUACAAAUCUUUUCUUCGUGGUGCUGUUUACAUGUGAAAUGUUGUUAAAAAUGUACAGUUUAGGCUUCCAAGGCUACUUUGUAUCGUUGUUCAACCGUUUUGAUUGCUUUGUGGUUAUUAGUAGUAUCACUGAGGUGGUGCUCACCUCCACCGAAAUUAUGCCGCCCCUUGGAGUCUCGGUGCUCCGUUGUGUCAGACUCCUCAGAGUCUUCAAAGUUACGAAGUAAGUCUUAUAAGCUUCCUUU